AUGGCCUCACGUAUUGGACGCUCAAGCAUCACUCCGUCCUCCAACGAGUCUGGUCAUUCAUUGCCCUCAUCAAACUCCGAGCCCAAAGAAGACCGGCCGGCUCACCGUCGAGCUCGCCCCCCACCUGCGCGGUCAUCCUCUGCUAAUCCGCACCGCUCUUCCCACCGGUCGUCCUCUGACCACCUCAAUAGACUCAGUGGCACUUUCCCUCAGCCAGCGCUUGAUCUUGCUCAUCAAUCGAGAAGAGACAAGGCGAGCAGCACUCAGGCCGAAUUCUCAUCCACUCCCCUGAACCUUAACAUGCUUGCCCAUCCACCACACUUCCAUUUACCUGUCCCACCACUUCCGCCAGGCUAUACCAGUCGCAGUCACGCCGGCAACCGUCAAUCCAUGCAGCCCUCUCAGUCCCAGCCCUCAUUCCAAACCUUCCUUCCUCGUGAUCCAAGGCGUGAAACGUUUCAGCCUCAUGCUAAAAUGGCUCCUGCCACAGGUCAAUUUGGACAACAUUCCAACAGACAAUCUGGACAACAUUCCAACAGACAAUCUCGUUACUUGGAUUUACCCACAAGGCGAGGCAACGAACCAGUCAACUUGAUUCAGGCAGUUCGUGACACGCCUCAGAGCAGCCGCCCCAACUCGGUACAGGUAGAUCCAAGACGAGUAGUUACUGGCGUCCUUCAAUCUGCGCUCCCCCCCAGCGCUCGACCAGUACCUGUAAACACUGCACCUGUACGAUCUAUGCCGAUUGCCGAGCUAGAGUACCGUCACAAGGCCCAAUUGCAAAAAAUGCAGGCCGAUAGCAACCACCAAGUAGCCAAAUCCUCGACUUCCAAAUCUCUAGCUGGUGGUCAAUCUCAAAACCUGGAACUAAAUCAACGCCACAAAGCGGCAAUGCAAAAGCUCCAAGCCCACGGCAUUCCACCCGUCGUAACGAAACCUCCAAUUUCCUCUCGUCGCCAGAGCGUCAAUCCCCCUGUUGUCACUAAACCUCCAAUAGUCUCUCGCCGCCAGAGCGUCAACCCCCCUUCGAGGACCGCAUCGCAACCGAAAGCGCCCGCAAGCUCAUCAGACACAUCGUCCAAGUCCAUCCAUGUUGACCAGGCGGAAAAGAAAGUAGAAAAAGGGGGCGUCGCUACAUCAAACCGCCGAAGUUUUUUCGGAAAGUGGAGCUUCAAGGAGGCCAAAUCGGCUGCAGCGCCAAAUGAAGAACCGUCAACCAAGCCUAAAAGCUUGCUGUCAUCCAAGAAGCAAAAGAAAGAAGCUCUUAAGCCUGUCCUCACUAAGGACGAAGAGGAGGAUGAAGAUGUGCCGCUUGCUCAACUGGCCAAUCGAAGGGCAUCGCAUAAUCCAGCAGGCUUUAGCAGGACCGCAAGUCGGGACAGUUUGUCUAGUCACCCCGAGACCCUUAUGUCAAAGAGUCAUUCUGUACCUGGCAUGAUGCAUAAGAUGGGAAACCGCGACUCAUUCCAUGACCCUGGGCCGCGUCCCUUGACGCGUCCAGAUCACCUCAGGUCCCACACCAAUCCAAUAGACACCCGCCACAGCCGCAGGUUAUCUCGACAACACGACCGAGCAGGAGGCUUUCAACCAAUUCGAGAAGACAACGAACUCGCGCCAAUCGACCAGAAUAUCCCCGGUCGCUCUGAUAUCUCUUUUCAACCUCCUCGCUGGCUGGAUGCCGAUUUGGAAUACUCCCACAAACAAGGACCGAGGCCUCUGAUCUUUGAAGACGAAGCAAAGGCUAUCCGGAAUUCCAAACGGUUCUGGACGUAA